CCCCUUCCACUCCCAUUGCCACGGUUGUCUCUUCUGCUCCACCGCUACCGCCACCGCAACCCCGCCGUAGUUUAUGCACAAGCCCAUCAUCUACCUUCACCAUAAUGGAUUUAAUCCACUCUUCUUCGCUUUCGCCUUCGCCUUCGCCCACGGCCAACGGUCAUUCCCUUCAAGACUCUUCAACAUUCCCUUCUAGCUUCACCAAGUUCAACUCUGCACUCACCGCCGGCCUCUUGAACCCAAUGUCGCCGCCGCCGCCGCCCUCAACAGACAAGACCCGAUCGAGCCCAACCCUCUUCGAGAUGAUGGCCAGCGAGCCCGAUGUCCAUCCCAGAACUCAGAUCCCUCCCUUUCAAAACCCGCAAAUUCUAGUACCCGAUAAGCACACUCUCAUCAUGCAACGAAUAUCAGAAAUGUUGGGAAGUUGCAGCCCCGGUAACCAGUUCAACGACCCUUCCACCAGCGAUAUCAAGCUCACCCUCACCUCCAAAGAUGGUAUUAGCGUUUCUAUCAACGUUCAUCGCCAAAUCCUCGUUUCCCACAGCAGAUUCUUCGCCGUCAAACUCUCUGAUCGGUGGGCCAAGCAACAGCGCUCUACGUUGCCUUACAUUGUUGAAAUUGCUGACUGCGAUGACGUUGAAAUUUACAUCGAGGCAUUGAUGUUGAUGUAUUGUAAGGAUCUUAGGAAGAAACUGAUGAAGGAGGAUGUCUCCAGAGUUCUUGGUAUCUUGAAGGUAUCGGCGGCAAUUGGAUUUGAUGCUGGGGUUUUAUCUUGUAUGGAGUACUUGGAAGCAGCACCAUGGGCAGAGGAUGAAGAAGAGAAGGUGGCGUCACUCCUGUCCGAGCUUCGCCUUGAAGCUAUGGGAGGUUGUGAGGUUUUGAAGAGGAUUUCAUUUCAGGUUUCCAAUGGAAAUGAAGAGGGAAAUGAUAGCGAGCAAGUUCUUCUAAAACUUAUUCAUGUGGUUCUUGAAGGCAAAGAUGAGAAGGCCAGGCGUGAGAUGAAAGGGUUAGUGUCAAAGAUGCUUCGUGAAAAUUCAAAUCAGAAUGAUCUUCGGAAGGAGUCAUUAUAUUCGGCAUGUGAUGAUUGUUUGCAAUUGCUUCAUCACCAUUUUCUGCGGGCUGCAUCUUCGGAACUGCAUGAUGUUGGUCAAAUUGCAAGGCAGGCAGAUAAUAUGCAUUGGAUCUUGGAUAUUUUGAUUGAUAGGCAGGUUGCUGAGGAUUUCCUCAAGACAUGGGCAUCACAAUCAGUAUUAUCUGAAGCACAUCCUAAAGUGCCUGCUGUUCACAGGUUUGAGGUUAGCAGAGUCACUGCCAGAUUGUUUGUUGGGAUUGGGAAGGGACAAUUAUUGGCUUCUAAAGAUGUCAGGUGUUUACUUCUUAAAACAUGGUUGGAACCUUUUUAUGAUGACUUUGGUUGGAUGAGGAGGGCAUCCAAGGGCCUUGACCGGCACCUAAUUGAGGAUGGUCUUAGUAACACAAUUCUCACUCUCCCACUCUCCCGGCAACAGGAAAUCUUGCUUGCCUGGUUUAACCGUUUCUUGAAUUCUGGUGAAGAUUGCCCAAAUAUACAAAGAGGGUUUGAAGUUUGGUGGAGAAGGGCUUUCUGGAAGCGGAAUGGAGAGCAAGAACGGGCACAACAUUUACGAAUUACAACUGCAACAAUUGAGAACCCUUGAAAGCUGAUUCAAAAUGCAGGCAUUAACAGCAUUUAACUGGUGUGUCUCCUUUUUAACUCGUGAUUAUUUCUAUUUGAUUCAUCAUGAUGAUCAUAAUUUAAUUCUUCUGUCAAAACAUGGUAGUUUACCUACGAAAUCAAUUGAUUGAAAUGUGUUACACUCAAGGUCUUCCUGUUUUGUAGGAAUAAGAUAACAUCGUUUGUUGUCUGUCUACCUCUGAUUUUUUUGGGAAAUAACCAAGAGAAACGAGAGUACUUCAAUAUUUCUUUGUUCCUGAACUAAGUUUUGUUUUAACAAAAAAAUAGAUUUGUCUAGAAAAUAUUCAGAUUUUAAUAUUAUCUUCUUUCUGCAGUGAGUUUCUGACUAUUUAAUGUGAACUACUGUACAAGAGUUCAAGGUAAUGGAAUUGCUGUGAAGAUAGGAUUGGCAUGUUCUUGAGAUUUGUGCUACAUUUAACAAGAUCAGCAGCUCGUGGCAGGUUAAGAUAAUGAAUUGACUCCUUGGAUGGUUCAUCAUGAGGCUAAUUUCUUUUACGGUAGACAUCCAAUAGCUUUUGAGGCAGGACAGAUGAUGAUGAUGAUAAUCUUUCCUUGCAAAUGAAUUCAGGUUGAUUCUUGAAUAUAUUCAAUCGGUUGUGUUGUAUAUUGGAAUGACUUAGAUGUAGAACUACGAACUCUGCGGGCACUUUUCGGGAAUAUAAUUUGCUUCUUCAUUGUAGUUCGUGAAUUCUUGAAGAACUACGAGAGAGACAUCAGAGAACUUCAUCUUGGAAAACUGAAGAAUGAAUUUCAUCAUCUACUUUUU